AUGCUUAGCACAAAGAAGCUCAUCAGAAUGGAAAGGAAAUGGAGGAAGAUGGCCGCCAUUGGAAGGAAAACAAUUACUUCAACAGGGAGUACUCGCCGAAAGGUGGCUGAUGAAGAUCAUUCUAGUGAAUCAUCAGUUGGUGAUAAGGGCCAUUUUGUUGUCUACACAGCGGAUAAGAAGCGUUUUGUGAUUCCCUUGUCAUAUCUUAACAACAGUAUUUUCCAGGAACUCUUCAAGAUGUCUGAGGAGGAGUUUGGGUUGUCAAGCGAUGGACCUAUAACGUUCCCAUGCGAUUCUGUCAUCAUGAGUUACAUAGUCUUGUUGGUACGACGAGGAUUAGCGAAAGAUUUGGAGAAAGCAGUCCUCAAUUCAAUUACUAGCAAUAGCUUCUCGUCUUACAGUACAUUCUUCCUCGAAGGACAUGCUGAAAAACAGUUACCGGUCUGUGGGUUCUGA